UCAACUUUAUUCAACACCCGAAACCCGCAUGUGUUUUCAAUAAUUAUUAAUUAUCGACAUGUUAAGAACUUGUUUUUAUUGUUAGCAGAUACUUGCUAGGUUAUCUAAAAGAAAUAUACGGAUACUCUAAAGGUUUGAUAUAUUCAUAAAACCAAAAUGGCAGACGACGAAUGGCAAGAUGAACCGGUCGGGGCGAUGUCCUCAGCACCCGUAUCUUCGGGAUACGACAGCCGUCCGCGAGGAGGUGGAAGAGGCCGUGGUGGACGCAGUAACGAUUCCAAUUGGAGAGCACGUGGCCCUCAGACCAGCAGUUACGACGAUCGGUACGACAACAGAGAUCGCCGGGGCGGCGGCGAUGGACGCAACGGCGAACGCCGGAAUUUUUCUCGGCAAGAUGAAGGUAACAGAAAAGUAAUUUCAGUUCCUUCCUCUAAGAUCGGUCGUGUAAUUGGUAAGGGCGGGUCCAAAAUUAAAGAUUUAGAAUAUGAUUCUGACGCUAAAGUAAAAAUCGGAGAUACUAGCGGCGACCAAACUGAUAUUACGCUGACGGGUACUGAUGAGGCUAUAGCUAAGGUAGAGGAUAUGAUUCAAGAUCUCGUCAAAGAUUAUAAGCCUUCUGGAUCACGUGAUUUGAACACCAGUAACAGCAGUAAUCAGUCUGGUGAGUUUCUUAAAAAAAAUGAAAAUGGUGUGGAAGUUAUUGACUGGUCUAAGUUGAAUUCGUUUUAUGAAGAGAGCCAGAAGGAACGCUGGAGCAAGCUACCACCGAUCAUCAAAGAUUUCUAUAAAGAAGACCCUAAAGUAGCUUCAACAUCCCCUGCUGAAGUCAGUCGUUGGCGUAAAGCAAAUCAUGAUAUUCAGGUAAAGAGAACUUUUGAUGACAAACCUGGGUUAAGGCCUAUUCCCAACCCAGUUCUGACAUUUGAACAAGCAUUCCAACACUAUCCUGAGAUUCUGGAAGAAAUUUAUAAACAGGGCUUUAAGCAACCCUCUCCAAUUCAAAGUCAAGCCUGGCCAGUUUUGCUAAGAGGUGAUGAUUUAAUUGGUAUUGCUCAAACAGGUACUGGCAAGACAUUAGCUUUCCUUUUGCCAGCUCUAAUACAUAUUGAAGGUCAAACUACCCCGCGAGAAGAGCGAGAAGGACCAUCAGUGCUUAUUUUAGCUCCCACUAGGGAACUAGCAUUACAGAUUGACAAAGAGGCGUCCAAGUAUCAAUACAGAGGUAUUAAGUCAGUGUGCUUAUAUGGAGGAGGAGAUCGUAAACAGCAAAUCAAGGUAGUGUCUAAAGGUGUAGACAUUGUCAUUGCAACUCCAGGACGACUAAAUGACCUGAUAAUGGCAAGGCACCUGAACAUUAUAAACUUCUCCUACAUUGUGCUUGAUGAGGCUGACAGAAUGUUAGACAUGGGCUUUGAACCUCAGAUCAGAAAAUCCUUGUUUGAUGUCAGACCUGACCGCCAGACGGUUAUGACCUCAGCCACCUGGCCCACAGGUGUGCGACGCUUAGCAGAGUCUUACAUGCAGGAUCCUAUACAGGUUAAUGUGGGUUCACUGGAUCUUGCAGCUGUUCAUACAGUUACACAAAAAGUUGUAUUCGUGGAGGAAGAUGAUAAAGAGCAGUAUCUUCUAGAUUUCUUAAACAACAUGGAGCCUACAGACAAGGUGAUAGUAUUCUGUGGUAAAAAGGCAACAGCAAACCACAUUUCUACCGAACUGGCAAUAAGAAACAUCAGCUGCCAAGCUUUGCACGGAGAUAGAGACCAGAGUGACCGUGAAGCGGCACUGGAAGAAAUGGUUGAUGGGACAGUAAACAUUUUAAUCGCCACCGAUGUCGCUUCCAGAGGAAUAGACAUCAAGGAUCUCACUCACGUCAUUAACUUGGAUUUUCCGCGUCACAUCGAAGAGUACGUGCACAGGGUGGGCAGAACCGGUCGGGCGGGAAGGACAGGUAUAUCACUAUCAUUGAUAGCGAGGAACGACUGGGCACACGCAAGAGAAUUGAUAAAAAUUCUCGAGGAAGCUCAUCAGGAAGUACCCGAAGAAUUGGAGCAAAUGGCUCAGAGGUUUGAAGCCAUGAAGUUACGUCGCGACGCGGGAGGAGGCGGGCGAGGGGGCCGCGGCGGCGGGCGCGGGCGCGGAGGGCGAGGAGGUUACGGCGGCGGCGGGCGCGACGGGGGCUACGGUGGCGGUGGCGGUGGCUACGGCGGCGGCGGUCGCGACGGUGGCUACGGCGGCGGUCGCGACGGUGGUUACGGAGGAGGUGGUGGUGGAUAUGGGGGGAGAAGGGACAGAUAUUAGUCUCUCUUCUUAAUGGGGACCCCAAAAUUGUCGCAAUCUGAGGAUGAUGUUAUGCUUUACUAAACAAGACAAAGUCUUCCACACUAAACUACAAAACACUUAAAAUAACAACUUAUCAUCUUAACUUGGGGAGGUAUUCCACCUGUCCGAUUUGUAUAUGAAUCACAUAAUUUUUUAAGCAAAAUUGACAUCAGAUCUGAUAAAGAAUGUGGACAAGUGGAAUACCACCCUUAGCUACUUUUUGGAAACUCCCUAUCCAUGCACUAUUAUUAUUACCAUCUUCUCAUUAAUAUACUUACCUAUAUACCUAGUUGUAAAUUUUUUGGACUGAAAAUAAGCCAGAGGCUUAAAAUAUUGUGAGUUAAUAAUAUUAUAUUGUUUGUUUUUGUUUUCCUCUUGUUGCAAGUCAAUGAAGAUGACUGUGAUCUAACAGUAGACUGUUAAAGCAAUGUUAUAGUUUAUAAGGUACACAUUAGAAUCAUGCAAUUCACGGCAAACUAGGCAGGAAAGGGUUAACAGAACUUGCAGAAUAAAAUAACAAUGUCUGUGCUUAGCUAACACACCGAUUUGAUGCUCUGUACGUAUCAGUCUACUCUCAAUACCUGACGCUAUUGCCAAGUAAGUUAUGUGGAUAAUUACGUUCCUAAUCUCUGAUAUAUUAAAAACCUGAGCAUUCUUCCCUUAUUUUCGUCUUCUCGUGACUGAGAAUUUUGUCACGUUCGGAACGUCGUGAAAAUGAGAAACAUGAUCACAUGAUCAAAAUAAACUAAGAGGAAAGAAUGCUAGGUUUAGUAUUUCUGUGAUUAGGAAUUUAGCUACACUUUUAAAUCUCUAUUAUGAAUUAUGAAGGGUGUUAUGUGACUAUCAUGAAUAUCAUGAUCAUAAAAUUCGUAAAGUUGAAAUCAAUAGUAUCAUUUCAAUAUACUUAUUUGAUGUGUAGGUGCAGUCUUUAUUUUUUUUAUAAUGCAAGUAUUUUCAAAUAAGUUUUUGCCACCUAAUUCGCCGUGAAAAAUGAGAAUGGUUCAGUACAAAUUCUUUAUAAGUUUAUAAACCACUGAGUAAUAAAAAAUAUUACUUUAAA